AAACCCCUGUGGAGUGUUAGAUACUGGGAGGAGGCUGGACUCAGUCAAACAUUAGUGAACAGUCUGCUCUAGUGUGAACUGUAGUAGUGAAGAGUUUCUGGCACCAUGGCUUUAAGGCUUUGUGAAUUCCUCCUGCUUGCAGUUCUUCUCAGUGGAGUUCAUGCAUCAAGGCCAGCUGUAAACCAGGAGUUAUCCAAUCUUUUCAAUGAGCUCUGGAGGCUGGAUGUGAACCGCAUGAAGCCUGGGAUAGACUACACUAUCUCUGUUCAGGGUAGAGCAGGGUUUGUGAACCAGGGCAGCCAUGUUGUCAUGGAUCGCGCCUCACUGCCUCUAUUCUCCAACGUUAAUGAGAGCAAACUGAGGAACAUAACCACUUUCUCUCUCUUCAUGAAACUCCUGGACAACUAUGAGCGGUCGACAGGCAUCACAGAGCGAGUCACUCCAGAGGAGCUGACAGAGAUAAAUCUGUUCUUGGAUGCUGUUUUAGAGACACAAGUCAUGAAGCGGGCUCAUCAGUACCUGGUGAGCAAAGGAAAGUCCAGCUCCGACUCGAGGCAGUUUAAGAAUCAACUUAACUUGAUCUGGUUCCAUCUCUACCACCGGCAGAGAAACACAGGCCCUGACUCUUGUGGAUUUGAACACGUCUUUGUUGGAGAAACCAAAUCUGGAACAGAAGUAAUCGGCUUUCACAACUGGGUCCAGUUCUUCCUGCAGGAGAAAAACAGUCAUUUGGACUACAAAGGCUACAAGGCCAGAGACCAGGACUUGCCUGAUCAGGACGACCACGUCCUGAACCUCCAGUUCAGCUGGCACGGUGUGGUGAAGCCCGUCGGCAGCGCCUUCAUCGGCACCAGCCCCGAGUUUGAGAUGGCCAUUUUCACCAUCAUCUUCCUCAUGAUCACAGAGCGAAGCACCACGGUGCUGGUCAACAUCGACCAGUGUCAGAUGGAGCUGGUGGUCAUCAGGCAGGGCCGCUGUCUGGGGACAGCGUACCCCAAACUGCUCAGCAGCAACAGCAGACACGUCAGCCAGCACUCGCACUGACUCCAGCUGCAGCUCAAGUGGCCUUUGCCUAAAGACAGGUGGUGAAAUCUACGUCCAGCAGGAGAAUCAUAGUCUGUUCUGAUUCUAAAAUGUAUCUAAGGCUUUUAAUGAAACAGUUCUGAUGGUGUUACUGGCGGAACGGGAUUUAUUUGAAAAUGUGUAACAUGUUAAGCUAUAAGAACCUUAUAUUAAUCAUCGCCAUGAAUAAAAGUAAUCAUCAGUGUUGUAGUGAUCCAAAAAUAUUAGUUCGUAUAAAAAGAAGCGUAUUAACUGUACAAAAUUAUCUUUUAAAGAGUGUUAAAUCAUUAAUGUUUUUGUAUUUAAGGACAUUUGAUUACCUUGUUGAAGUUUUCCGGUUGAAGCAAUCAGAUUUUAUUAUUUGAAAUGUUCUGUUCUGCCUUCCUAACAAGGUUCCUAUGACGUUUGGAAGAGAAGCCGGCCCACAGAGUCAUAGGUCAUCUACCGUACUGUAGCAUCAUGUAGCAUGAUUUAAAAAAUAAAUAAAUAAAUUUAUCCCUUUCUGUACAACAAUCAAAGGUCACCCUUACACUGCUGAAGUUCUCAGAUGCUCAUUAAACAAGGUGAUUUAUUUUACACCUCAUCAUUCUCUUCACUGAAUGUGAUAAAAAAAUUAAAAAAAAACUUAUAUUUUAAACUGA